AUGGAGGGCGAGAGCGAGCUGCAGGAGCCGCAGAAGCGCGUGGCGCCGACGAGCACCGUGUCGCUCGACUCGACGUACGACCACGAUAAUGAAGCUGCGGAGAAGAGCCCGCAGCACAAGCGGCACUCGUGGACGCCGUUGGUCGUGCUGGCGGGCUUGAUUCUGGUCGCCGUUGCGCUCGUGCUCGCGCUGGACCGAGACGACCCGAGUCACCAAGGCAUCGUGGUUGCCGAAGGAGACCCGUUCGUCUCGAGACACUCAGCAAUGAUGACUGGGCGAAGCCUCACCGGUCCGCAACACAAACUGGUCGCGUGGUUGAAGCAAAUGCAGAACGCCAGCGAGCUCGUCGUGGACGGCGGCAGCAGCAACGCGAGCGUGAGCGGCCUGCUGUUCCCGCGAAAUGACAGCGGAACGUGGCUGCCGUUCGACGCCGUGGUGACGAUUGAGUCGGGCGUGGCGCUGCCAACCCGGCAGUCCAUCGUCGUGCACGAUGGGAGGGGCUACAAGUGGGCCGUGACUUCACUGGGAUACGGGGAUAGCAUCGUCUUGCGCACUGCCAAUUGGACCUCCGCUGACCCCAAUGACGAGAGUGAAGUGACCGUCGUGUUUGGCGGGAGGAACUACACCAUAUCGGAGGAAGACGGUGGCUACAACUACGGCUAUGACUCGAGUGAAACUGAGGACGCCCCUCCCUGCUGGUCUGUUGAGAGCGAGGAGGACGACUUCGGACUGCGUGUGUGCAUCCCAGAGCUGUGGCAGGAGCUCCCCCCGGAGGACGACUUCACCGAGCUGUUCAACGCCACCAACGGAUGUCCACAACUUGCACCAAACCCAACCAAGACGAAAGUUGUGGUACCGUUGCCCCUGCGGAAGUGGUAUGCCAGCUACAAGCCGUAG